AGUCUACCAAAACCAUUCCUCAUUCCUCAUUCCUCCUCCUUCAAAAGAAGACGGCCAGCUAAAUAAAGAAGAAAAAGAAGAAGAAGAAACAAACGCGGCAAAAAUGGCCGCACCUGAAGCCCCUCUGUGCUAUGUCGGCGUCGCAAGAGCAUCCCCUGCUUUUCGCCUCAUGAAACAAAUGGGAUGGGAAGAAGGAGAGGGGCUAGGGAAAGACAAGCAGGGGAUCAAGGGAUACGUCAGAGUCAAGAACAAACAAGACACUACUGGUGUUGGUGUAGAGAAGCCAAACAAUUGGGCAUUUGAUACUACUCAAUUUGAUAGUAUUCUCAAGAGAUUGAAAGUGCAAGCUGCACAUGCAUCUGAUGAAGCAGUUGUUGAGAAGAAGGAUACACAAGAAAAAACAGAGACUGGCAUAUCUAGUGAUCAUCAAGAACCAGUUGUCAAGGCUACUCGACCACAGGGAAGAUAUAAGAAAAGAGAGAGAGGGAAGCUUGUCCAUGCUUAUUCUUCAAAGGAUCUUGAAGGAAUUCUAAUCAAAAAGGUUGAGGAGUCAUCCCAGACAAAUCCUAAUGUGGAAAAUAAACUGAAGUUCGCAGAAGCAUUUGAGACUGAAAUUUUUUAUCCUGGAGUGCAUUUCGCAGAAUCCAAAGCUGAACAAGUUUCUAAAGAAUGGUGGGGCUAUAAAUCAGGAUUUGUCUCAGGAGGUUUUCUUGGAACUCAAACUACAAAGAAGUCAAAUAGAACUGGAAAUGCUCAAAAUUUUAAUGAGAGGACUGGAUUCCUUGAAGAAGAUCAGGAGAACCUUUACAAACUUGUCCAAGACAAAGCCACAGCUGGAAAGCAAGGACUGGGCAUUAAAGAUCAGCCAAAGAAAAUAGCUGGUGUCCGCUUUCAGGGAAAAAAGACAUCUUUUAGCAACAGUGAUGAUGAGGAUUCUGCUACUGAUGAUAUAGAUUCUGCUGGUUUUGAUUCCUUAGCAGAAGAGGAAAGUGACGAUAAUCCAGCAAUGGAAAAUGUUGAUGAAGAAAAAGUUGAUAAUGAGGAUUCUGCUGAUUUUGGUUCCUUAGGAAAACGAAAACAUGACAGCACUCCAGAAAUGAAAAUCACUGAUGAGAAAAAAUUGAAUUUGAAAAAGCUGUGUAAGCAGCUUCUACGUCAGGCACCAGGAGAGUCACUAAAGCUAAAAAAGCUGAAAGUUCUCAUUGAAGAGCAUUCAUCUUAUUUUUUUUCCAAUUUCUCUUCGAGGAGAGAUGCUCUUGCUUACUUGAAACAGAAGCUAGAAGGCAGUUGUAAUUUCUCUUUAGAAGGAAAAAGAGUGAGUCUCAAAUGCAGGAGAGGCAGAUAUUUUGGUUAGGAUUUCAGUUGCCUGCCCUGGUCUGUAUAUUGCAGCUGAGACUGGUUAAUAAUCAGAUUUGCAUGCCAUGCACCCAUUGGAAUUUUUUUUUUCUUUCCCAUAAUCACUAAUCACGAUCCAUUUGUAUCAUUUGGUUAUGAAAAAUUCAUUUUAGUUUGUCAAUUCGAUGAAUUGUAUCACAUAAUCAUUAAAGCAAAAUUUUGUUCGGUUAACGCAUGAAUGACAAGAAACACCAUAUAAAUUGUUUGGAA